ACAGAUUUUCCCUAAUUCUCCGCCUAGCUCUAGAGCCCACAUCUCUUAUCUGCAUCUUCUCAAAACUCAGAUUGUGAAUUUCUACCCUAAUAUCCAUCUCGCCUUUGAGAUUAAUCAAAGUGCAGCAAUGGAGACACUACCAUCUUAUAAUUGCAUUAUCCACCUGGAGAAAUUCCCCACAUUCAGUAUAGAAAAGGCCAUGUGCAACCACGGCUUUUUCAUGAUGGCUCCCAACUGUUGGGAGCCAUCUACUAAAAGCUUUUCUCGUCCUCUGCGAUUAGCGGAUUCCACAUCUGUUAUGACUUUCAUUUCACAACCUCCAGGAAAGGAUCAUCUUGUCAUUAAAGUUUAUGGUGCAAGUAUUCUUUGGCUUAAGGAUGAGCUAGCCAUCCAGUCUCAAGUUAAGAGAAUGUUGAGGCUAUCUGACAUGGAUGAACAAGAUGUGAGAGAUUUCCAUAAGCUUCAUCCAGAAGCUGAGGCCAAAGGAUUUGGUAGAUUGUUUCGAUCACCAACCUUAUUUGAAGACGUGGCCAAGUCUCUUCUUCUUCGCUUUUGCCCGUGGAAGACAUCAUUGGAUCUCGCAAAGGCUCUGUGUUUUUUACAAUAUAAAAAAUUCAAGUCGAAAAGAAAGAGAGCCAAUAUUUCAUCUUAUGGAGACUUCCCGAAUGCAGAAGAAUUAGCAAGUUUUAGUGAGAAAGAGCUAAAAGGUAAAGGCAAUUUUGGGUAUAGAGCAAGGGAGUUGAUUAUGUUGGCAAAACAAGUUGUUGAUGGGGAAAUUUAUCUCAGUAAGUUUGAAAAAGACCACAUUGGUACCGAACCAAACUGGUCUAAGCUGAAGAUAAACGGUGCUGGUCCGUUCACUAUUAAAACUAUCAUGAUGUGUGCUGGAUAUUAUAGUUACAUCCCAAUUGAUAGUGAAACAAUGCGUCAUAUGGAUGAGUUUCAUGGACUUAAAGUGCACAAGAGAAAAAGAGGAUCCAUCAAUCUCCAGAUAAGGGACAAAAUACAGCAAAUCUACAAACGUUAUGAUCCAUUUCAGUCUUUGGCUUACUGGUUUGAACUUGUCAACUCUUAUGAAACAGAACUUGGGAAGGAAUUAAGCGAGUUAUUACCAUCAGAAUAUCAUCAUGUUACUGGUAACUAUGAAAAGGAGAAGAAGAAAUUCUGAGCAAUUCACAUGGAAAAAAAGGAGUAGUAGAAGAAGAAGAUAUCGAACAGAGAGUCAGGAAAAAUGGGAGGAAGAAUCAUAGAAGGGGAAAAAGGGGUGACAGAAGAAAAUAUUUACAGAAUUUCAUUCUUGUUUCUCUCUGUAUUUAUAGGCUGUGUUUUUGUAGCCGUAACUGCAUUAAAUAAUUUGACUAAAUCCCUAACUGACUUGAUUUUCUAACUAGCUAUUUUCCUUGUUCUAACAUUCUAUAUUUCGUUUAGGAUAUACUUGUAACUCCAUGUUUUUUUAGGCCAAAUGCAUCGUCAGCUCCUCAAAAGUGUUUCAAUAAUUCAUGUAGCA